GAGAUGAAGUAUCAAAGAAACAAGUUACUGUCAUUAUGUUUAUUGGCCAUUGUUGGAUUAAUGUUCAUGAUAGGAGGAUUGAAUGGACAGAAGGAUUGUCCCUCCUAUCGUUCCAAACACUACUUUCCAAGGAUGAGAUAUGAAAAUGAUGGCACCACCACUCGAUCGGAAUAUUUGACAAUGAGGGAUGGUGUAAAGAUUGCCUGUGAUUUAUAUUUGCCAUACAGGGCUGUUAAUGAAAAUCACAGAUUGCCAACAUUGUUGCACGUGACCAGAUAUUACAGAUCUUACAAGGUGAAUUGGCCAUUUAAUUAUCUUGUUGGAGAUAAGAUUAGUAUUAAUGGAAUUCCAUUCCCAAAAUUCUUGGCUCGUGGAUAUGCCAUUGUUAGUUGCGAUACUAGAGGUUCUGGUGUUAGUUUCGGAAAGAGAUUAUACGAUUUCCACAGAGAUGAAGUUCAAGAUUUCAAGGAAGUUCUCGAUUGGAUUACCAAACAAAAGUUCAGUAAUGGAAAGAUUGUUUCUACUGGUAUUUCGUAUGAUGGCAUGGUCACUGAUUUCUUGACCUCUUUGAAUCAUCCAGCUUUGGUUGCUGUUUCUUCAAUUUCAGGACCAUUCGAUAUCUAUAGGGAUACAAUCUAUCCUGGUGGUAUUUAUCAAAAGUCAUUUAUUGAUUAUUAUUUGAAAUUUACACAAACUGUCGAGUCUGGAGAGAUGAUUACUAGAUCUGAUUUGUGUGCUGGUUGUGCUCCAGAAACACUCAAGGAAAAGAUUAUGGACAAGUUGGCUAAACUUCUCCUCGGUGGUGUUAACCCUGUGGAUUCCAAUGAUUUGGAAACUAUGAGAAAAGCCAUUGAAUCACACAAGGACUCUACUGACAUGUUGGAUGUUGUUCAUCAUCUUGAAAAAGGUAUCAAUAAGAUUGUUACCACAGACAAGUUCACCUAUGAAAUGGAAAGAGAUGGACCAAUGAGAGUCAUUGCUGAUAAUAAGAAGAGAAUUCCAAUAUUAGUAUUUGGUGGCUAUUAUGAAAGUAUGGUUUUGAAUAGUGUUGUAAAAAGAUUCUACUCUUUAUAUCACAAGGACAGCAGAUUGAUUAUGGGACCUUACAAUCACGGUCUCAAGGUAAUCAACUCACCUUACUCAGAAACCACCACACCAUGUUUUGAUGCCUUUGAGGAAAUUAUGAGAUUCUUUGAUCAUCAUUUAGGAUUGGAGGAAGAUCUUGGACUCGAAAAUGAAAAACAAGUUCACUACUAUUCUAUUGGAUCUGAAAAGUGGUUCUCAGUUGACAGUUGGCCACCAAAAGCUGAAGAGAAGGUUUUACAUUUGAGUAAUGCUGGAGCCCUCGUAUCCGAGAAGACUGAAUUGAAUCAUGUUUUAAAGCUUAAUAUGGAGGAAGAAACACUCAUUGACUGUAAGUGGAAUAUGUUAACUUCACUCUUCCAAAAAGCUACCAAAUACUCUGCAACCUUGUCCUCUCCUCAAUUCUCCAAUGGAAAGCUCAAUUAUAUCUCACAACCAUUGAGUGAAGAUUUGGAAAUUACUGGUUAUCCUCACCUCACUGUUGAAUUAUCUGCCAACAAUCGUGAUGGAUUGAUUUUUGCCUAUUUGCAAGAAGUUGACACCAAGGGAACUGUUAACUUUGUCAUGGAUACUCAAUUGAGACUCGUCCAUCGUAAAUUGAAUUUACACAGAAAUACCAGUGGACUCAUUGAUGUAGUUCCACAUCAUACCUUCUACGUGGAGGAUCGUCAAUAUUUAGAACCAAACCAAAAGACCACCAUUCAAUUAUACUUCCCAGCUGUUUCCUACACUGUCAAGAAGGGUCACUCUCUCAAGCUUUCCCUCUUCUCAUUCGAUAAGAUUAACUUUAAGAUUUUUGAGAAUGAAUCUGAUCUUUCCAGUGAGCUCUUCCUUCACAGUGCCUCUCUCCAUCUUCCAAUCGUUCACUCUCGUCCAGAAUCUUCUUCUUUACAUUCUGAUAAUUCUAAUAAGGAUGAGCUCUAAAAUAAAACAAUUUGUCAUCAUUCCCUU